UACUUUUGGCAACUGCUCGAUGGUUUGAUUGCUGCUUUCUAUUGCUCGAGCACAACUGAUCGAGGGCAAUGGCCAAAUGCUGCGGCCCAACCGUUGCUUGCUCAUUCAAUUCAAUUCAAUUCCACUUGCUCUUUGUUGUGUACAAUAGGUACAAUAGUUGAACCCAUACAUACAUAGUUGACUAGCAAAGCAUGACAUGUUUGCAAUCCUCUGAACUAAUGGAUCCGUCAUUACAAUUAUUUUCCGAAUCCGCCACCAGCCACAACAGCACGAGCAGUCUUCAUGACAGCGAUGCUCGGUUCGGCAAGGCCAUUUUGGCCGUCCACAGUGGUGGCAACAAUCGACGGUCUGGUUUUUUAGAAGCGGAUCUCUCCAACAAUUCCUUUUCCGAGGACGGUGGAACCAGUGGCAUGGAUGCGUCGGGAUCGUCCGCUUACACGGACGGAGACGACUUUACCGCCGCCAGUCAUGAACAAGGAGAUGGCUCGGAUUAUUUCAGUGAAUCCGCGACGGAAUCGUUGGAAGCGUCCGUGGCAGCCGCCUCGUCGUCCAAGUUACUAGCGAGUCAUCCGGUCAAACAUUCCAAGAAAAAAGUCAAACGAAAAAAGGUUCGCGCCAAACAAGGAAGCGGCCUGACAAAAGCAGGAACGGAAGACGGAGAGGAUGCGCCCAACAACAAGACGACCAAGACGAGCUCCAAAGGAGCCACUAGUAAACAGACGGUCAAACGAGUCAAGAAGAGAGCAUCCAGUAAAAAGAAAGGCGAAAACAAACCGUCCGACUACGAAUGGUGGCAUACGAGCACCAUCAAUGCCGGUUCUACCAUGGAAGACUUUUCCGCCUACUCCAAUACCGAAGGCGAGACGGACAAUGAGCAUGCCACGGCACGACGAGCCGCUCGACGGAAAAAGAAACCUCCUGUAGAAAGUCAAGAAGAACAACGACCCAAAAGUCGCAGUCCCAGUCGGACUCGAAAUGACGAACCACAAGACGUUGAAACAACACAAAAGUCAAAACGAAAAAGCCGCGUCGUCAAGAAAAAGUCGGGGGAUUCGACUAGCACAGGCAAAAAGGCACCGCGUGUCUCUUCCAAGAAAAAAGCAAAUAAUGAGGAGGAUCUUCCCGCUCAUUCCUUUGGAGAAGACACUUACACACGCAAUCAACUUGAUGACGAUGACUCGAUUGCCAUGGAAUCGCUCUUUGAUAUCAGUCGUCAAAACAUGCUACUCGGGCAAGAACCACAAUCUGCAACCUCCGUUGAAAAAGAGGCUUCUUUGGAUCUGGCCAAACACACACCCGCUCUUUUACCACCCAACAAUAACAACACUACAAAAAAGAACCAUAAGAAUCGAGCCAUGAUGGAUGCUCUCACCAAGGGAAACAACAUGUCCGUGUCGACACUGCAAACCACCGUCAGCUUGGAUGUCACCAGGACUACUACUAGUACAACGACGACCAAAAAAUUGCAGCAGCGUCGAAAGACCAUUGAUAACACGGUUUCCAAACCCACCACCACUGCCACCAAAAAGCCAAAACCACGACGAAUCAAAAGUCACGAUACAACUCCGGCCCUCCCCAACACCAAAACAGAUCCUACAACCACAAAAGCCAACAACAAUAAACCCAUUCGAAGGACCAAAAGUUACGGCGACGAUGGUCCUCGAUUGCAAACCAGAAUACCCAGCAAAACGAGAAGACCUCCCAAAAAGAAACAACCGCGAUCGCAAAGUCUCAAUCACUUGGCAGGUGUCACCACCAACAACACAAACAAUACUACCAGUACAAGUCGAAACAACAAUAUUCGACGACGACGUCUCCAUGCAUCGGAAACAUCGCCCACUGGAAAUAGCAAAAUGAGUCUCAGUGUCAGUGGCGCUGGCAAUAUGUUGAUGAAUGAUACAUCGGCCACCAGCAAUGCCAUGACCGUACAAAGUAUGCCACUGUUGCAUGUCCGACGGGGCUCUACAGGAAUGCCCCACAAGGCCAAGUCGCAUCACGAAUCCAUUUCCAAAUUGCAAAUGAGUUCCACUCUUGGCACUACGACGCGCAAUACUAGCAAUAAUAAGAAAGGAGUGAACAACAAACGAGCCAGUUCCAAAGAUCGGAAAAAGAAACCCCUCAAACGAAAGGAAUCACAACAGCAACAAAAAUCAGGAGGCGAAAAAGUAACAUCAUCAUUGGAAGAAGACGAUAGCAUUCGAUCCAUGGAAGGCAUGUUGUUGUCGGGACAUAUUGCCAAAGAGUCGCAAGGGCGCAGUGCGGACGAAUUUUCCAAAUCCGAAGCAUCGACCAUCAUUUCCACAUCGACGGGGGCGUCCGGACGAGUCUCGGCGGGAAGUACUAGUAGUACCAAUAAACGAACCAGCCUUCGCAACAAAUCCAGCAAUCUACGAGCCAGUGGCAAUCUACGAGCCAGUAAUACGGGAUCGUCGCAUCACGAUACCAUGAUUCAUGCCUAUUUUGGUAGCAGAGACAACGAAGGAGGAGGAACCACGGAUACCGAAAAAGGAGGACCCAGUGGAUCGUUUUCGGAUAGUAUGGAAGGGUCAUUGUUGUCGGAUUAUUCCAGUGACGGUGAGCGGUGUCGAUCGGGGGAACUCGCCCGCAGCAUGACGAUCAGUCCCUUUUCGGCACAUGCGGCCCAUGUGACGUCCCACACAAAGGCAUCCUCGUCCAUGUUGACCACGGAACACACCAGUUCACCCUUGAUUCCGGAUUCAGAUGAUGAUGAAAGCGUCUCGUUUCAUGUCCCACAACCCAUUUCGUCGGAAGUCAAGGAUGCACCACCCACGCCAGUGGCAGACACCAAAGCAUCCGUGCCUCCAGCUGUAGACACUUCUUCUACCCCUGCGGCGGAUACAACAGAGCAAGAACAGGCCAAGGCCAAGGAGGUGGUCAAAAAGGAGCCACCACCGGCCGAAGAGAAAGAAUCCGCCAAGAAUGAAGUCGGCGUCCAAGGUCCCGUGAAUGUCAUCAUGGGACCCGUCCUGGACGCCAACAAGAAGGAAGUUUCCAAAACAAAACCGGUUCCAAAGCUGGACGAUCUGGAUGAUGACGAUCCAGUUCCACCCCGUCCAUCGCAGAUUGUGGCCAAACCAACAACACCAAAGCCAUCCUUGUGGGAAACACUGUGUUGUCGUAGCGCCAGUGCAGUGGCGCAAUAAAAUAGUUCUUGCAACUGCCAUUCACUUCGUUCUGUGCUGUAGUGUGCUGAUACUGCUGUACGGUGCCGUGCGCGCUGUGGUCGAGUCUCCAAGUCUCCAACUGCUUGCUUUCGGGGACUACCCGACAUGCACGGCACAGGGGUGCGUAUCCCAAAAAGUCAAGCACUUGGCCGUCUCAUUGGUCUCCAGUUUGGACCCCCUGAGGAUCCGAGGUAUUUGUCCCGAAUUUCGCCUUCUCUUCUCUCGAGCUUGGAGGGAGUUUUACUUCGUACCGUACGAGUAGCGAACAAUUCAAUACUCUACUUACGUCCUUCAUCUGUAUAAGUUGAAUCCAGUUGUGCCUGCGGCUGUACAUGCAAGCAACCUAUCAGAUAACAAACUGUAGCAAAGUGGUUUCCACGGUGUCAUCCACGCAUUACAACCACGGUCAAUUGAAGCGGUACCAGUACCAUAGAUUGUGGCUUUGAGUGACCACCGUUCACUGGUGCCGUACAGUUCCCUUGUUCCCUUUGGAGCCAUGAGCGACCAAACAGUGCAUCCGUACCGGUAGAUACGUUCUUCAGCUGACCUCCAAAGUUCCGAACCUCAAGACUGCUUUGAAGUCAGAAAUUGGAUCAGUAGAUGCGG